CAAGCACGCACGCUGUGGAGAAUAUACUGCGCACUGGGUGGACCAUGUCUCUCACGACCCGCAAAGACGAAGAGAGCCACGGUAGCUCUCGGCGCGACUCCGUGGCCCUCGCGGACGUAAUGGACAACUUGCCCCCCGAGGUGCUGGCGACCCUGGAGGCACCUGACUCGCCUCGACAGACUGCGCAGCAACGGCAGAUGAACGAAGCAGAGAAAGCGCGGCUGGGUGGCUGGCGACGACGCGUGCGAAAGCUUGUCAAGAACUCACGCUCGAGUCGAUGGGGUCGAGUGUACCACUACACUAUGCUCGGUGCGAUUGUGACCAACUUUAUUCCCAUGAUGCUCCAAACAUUGGAUGGACCAGCAAACGGCGGCAGUGACCCUAUGUACCCAUUCUUGCCGUUCGAAGCAACGUACUUUGCAUGGGAGGUCUUCUUUACGGCAGUGUUCGGUCUCGACUUGAUCGUCAAGGUGGUCGUGGCCAAGCGGCAGCGCAAGUUUUGGACCCGCGCCAACAAUUGGGUCGAUGUGCUUGGCAUCCUGCCGCUGUUCGGAUCUCUCUUGAUGCAGUACGAAUUGCAAUGGGCCGCCGACCGCCGCCAGCCCAUCGAGCGGUACAUGAAGCUCCUCCGUCUCUUCCGCAUCAUUCGGGUCGUGUACAUGCUUCGGGACGUGGACGGGAUUCGGGUGCUGCGAACGACUUUCCUCGAGUGUAUCCCGCCUCUGCAGAUCACGCUCUUCUUCCUCAUCACGAUCGUCAUGAUGUUUGGAACGAUGCUUUACUACGCGGAACCGUGCUACAACUACACCAAGUGCCCAUUCACCGACAUCUUCAACGCUGGUUACUUUGUCAUGGUCAGUGUCGCGACGGUGGGCUACGGCGACCAAGUGCCCGAUCUAGACAACCCCAUCUCCGUCUUGGUUACAUCAGCGAUCCUCAUCUUCGGGGCCUUGUACUUGGCCAUGCCACUCGCCAUCAUCGGAAUCAAGUACGAGCUCACGUGGCUUCGAUACGAGAUCAAGACCAUGCGAACGACGACGAGUUUGAGCACCAAAUCGACAGCCCGCCACCCAGCAACGGUCAAGGUUACGUCUGCACAUCCGUUCUCCGUGCCCAGCGAAGACAUCCAUCCCCACGUGCAUGCGGCGUACACGCAGUACCUGGACCUUGUCAAAGACGUGACAACGCUGGAAGACAUGGUGCACACGAUCAUGGCCAUUCCGCCGCACGACGUUCUCGAUGGCCACGCAAGCCGACUCCAUGUCGAGUUGCUCGAGACGCUCAAUCAAACGUGCAAGCAAGUGAUUGUGAUGUAUCAAAAGUUCAUGGUCGACAUGCGCGUGUUCCAACCAGUGCAGUCAACAGGGCUCGCGCCAGGGGAAUCCCCAAACCGUCGCGCUCGCAGCCGCGCGUCGUCGUUGUCGUCCAUGGCCAGCGACGUCAUCCAUCGAGCGAAACGAGCUAUCCACCAAAAAUUGAACCACACCACACUCAACCGACAAGCAUCGACGCUGGACGGGAAGCCAUUGCCAUUUCGAAAGCGGCUGCGGAGGGCGCUCGAGCAGCCGUCCUCAACCACGCACGCGAUCUGGCUCAACUGGUUCUUCUACGCCCACGUUCUUUUCAGUGUCUUUAUGUUUUACGCGGAAACCACGCCGGAAUUGCAAGCGUACGGCCCGGACUCGUUCUUGUGUCGGCGAGCGAUGGGUACGUAUUGCAAACCACCAACUCGAUCCAGCGCGACGGACCCUGGCUGCUUUGUCUGGACUUCCAACACGACAGUGACGUCCACGAAGCUCUCGUUUGACUGCCAAAACGGCACCGAGUGCUACGGGUCCGGAUGGAACGUUGGGUCGCCGACAGCGUCCAUGGCGUGCGAGGACAGCUUUGCGUUUCCUCAACGCAUGUGCCACCUCCGGGAAUGCAAACCCGACCACGCCCCCCUCGUCGAUAUGACUGCGCUAUGGUUUUACCCCGAAGCGUACUUUGCGUUCGUCUUCACGAUGGAAUUUUCACUGCGGUUGUACGCCACGAAACGCCGCUGCAAGUUGGUGCAGUCGAUGGGGUCCUGGUUGGAUAUUGGCGCGGUCAUUCCUUUCUACGCCGAGGUCGCUGCGAGUUGGAUGGAAGCGCGGCCCACGCUGUUUGCGAUUGUUCCGACUUUUCCGACCGUGAUGUCGGUGCUGCCAAUCUUGAAGACGCUGCGCGUGUUGAAAAUGGGCAAGCAUUUUAAAGCGAGCUCCGUGUUGGCCCGUACUGCCGUCUUGACGUACCGACGGCUUUUGAUCCCGGUACGCCAUGGAUGGGCCGACGACUGUGAAACAUUUUUGAUCGAGUGUGGAUGGGUCUUGUGUUGGGUAGCUGUUCUUUUUGUUUCUGGGGUGCGUGUCGGCGGGUGCGAUCUUCUACGAAGUCGAGCGCGGCAUUGCGUGCCGCGCUCACUUGCCAUGUCUGUGGUGGCGACUCGACAUCAUGACACAAGCGAUUGCCGAACCAUUUUCAAUCGGGAAGCGGAUUCAAAUUCAAAUCGACAAGCUCACAAUUGUCACCGACAUGUGGCGGUCAACGUGGCUCUCGAUCGUCACGCUAACGACGGUCGGGUAUGGUGAUCUAAAGCCUCGCACCCCCGUCGGCCGCUUCAUUGACAUCUUGGUCAUGGUGUUUGGGUCGUGCUAUACGGCCAUGCCCCUGUCGUUGAUCGGGGGCCAGUUCUACUAUUGCUACGAGCAGUAUUUCAAACAGCAACAGCGCGGCAACGUGCCGGAUGCGCCGCGCAACCCACUGGAAGCCCCCGCUAAGAAAUCAACGUCCGUCUUGUCCGUUGAAGACAUUGACAUUUUGAAAAAAUGCGGCGUCGUCGUCCUGCUCCUGGACGAAAUGAUGCAAAACGUGUACAAACUCAUGCACGCGACCAGUUCGACCACCGACGACCUCGCGUCCGAGCAACCGAAACCGCAUGGCGACGUGGAGGGCAUCCAUCAUUCCGAAAGCAUGAACCACUUCCGCACGGCAUCUCUCCAUGGCCACAUGCAUGUGGAAAAUUUAUUCCAUCGGAGCAGUGACUUUGGGAGACGUACCAGUGGCGGUGGCAACUUGUCUGGCGGCUUUCUUGGCCGAGGGUCGGUCACUCGUGUCACCCCCGUCAACAAUUUCCAUCGUGCCUCUCUCACGGGCCAAGUCGAUAGCCAAAUCAACGAGUUCCGUCGACGCCGCGAGCUCAUCCAGACAGCAGCCACGCAUUUGACAACAAUCAUGCUGCAGCUCACGCGGGUGAUGGAGAAGGUCAUGAUCGUUCCAGAUGACGACGACGACGAGAGUGAACCAACCGAGUAGAUAAUGACACAGUCCAGCGUGUUUGUUGUGUCGUUGGCUGGUGUAGCGGUUGGCCAGCAUGGGGGCAACUCCCCACACGAACGACC